AUGCCGUCUAUCUGUACAAAGAUUAUUUGUGCGUUGGGUGUCUUGCUGGCGACAGCAGCCCCCACUCCGGGAACGCCUGCUUUGGCAUCGACCGAUGUCACCAUCAUGAAGAAAAAGGCUCCUGGUACCUAUCGAGAGUCUCCACCAGAUCAGAGACGAGCGAGGUGCAAGUGCCCGUUCGGCUUCGAGAGGAUGGAUGAAUCAUGUGUGAAGACAGUAGUUACGGGAAAACCAGAGGCUGUAUGCCCUUCGGGGAUCCUGGAGGACGGAAAAUGCAGAACGCGGUCGGCCGAAGCCUUUCGCUGUCCCGAUGGAUUCGAGACGAUCUGUAAUGCAGAAUCCACUGCGAAGUCGAAGUGUUGCCGCCGGACAGAGGCACAAAAAAUCAUUUUCAGAUGUCCCGAAGGAACAACGGAAACUACCGACGGUGACUGCAAGCGCUUGACACGAUUCCCUCCAAGUUAUGAGUGUCCCCUGGGGUAUCGGUACGAUGAAGGGUACUGCGUCAGAACCGAGCCUGGGCACAUUGUGCCUGCCUGCGGCACGAAGAGUCAGCUAACGGCGCACAACACAUGCCUCGCGAUUGUGCCUGGCGAGAUCGUUUACGAGUGUCCUGAAGGGUUUCACUGUGCCUCCAGUACGAAGAUCUCCAGCUUUUGCAAAAGCUGCAAGAAGAGAGAGUUAGCGCCUGUCAGUUGUGAGUGUGGCAUCGGGACGGUAGAAAGUGACGGUCUUUGUUACCAGGCCGAGACAUACCAAGAUUGUGUUGGCAAGGUCAAUAAAAAGGACGUGGCAUCUACGGCGGCCGUCGACAGUGACGAAGACGCAGUAGUAGAGAAGAAAAAGGACAAGAAGUGCGAAACAACAAAGUCCAAAUGCUCAUGCCAGGCUGACUUCCAUCUCGUUUGCAAGGGAAAGGACUGCCAUUGUGUGAAGGAAGAAUCAGCUGCGGUUGUGAGGCGUUGCCUGGGGUUCGAUGACGGCUCCGGAAAUUGUGUGCGCCAGAUGGAGUCGGCUCCCAUUUUUCAAUGUGGAGAAGGACAGGAGUGUGAAUCCGUGGGAAAAAAUGAAUGCAAAUGCGUAUACAAGAUCCGGAAAGACUCUACGGUAAAUUGCGGCGACGGCGUCUUGAUAGGAGGCGACUGCUUUUCUGUUGACCAUAUUCCGAGAACACAGCAUUGCCAAGAUGGCUUCGAUGUUGCCUGUCGCGGCUCGGAAUGCCAAUGCGAACGGAACCUGUUCACGAGCAGAGCCAUGAUGUGUGAAUCUGCGACAGACAAACAUUCUAAAGCUUGUGCAACUCUAUCGGAUCCAGAAUUCAUCUGCAGAGAGGGUCAAUUGAUCAACGGAGAGUGCGUUCGGUUGUCUUACAGCGUCCAGUUGUGUGAUGCAUGA